AUGACGGGGCAGCCGCCAAGGCUCGUGUUCCGGUUCACCCAGGCGGAGGUCGCCAAGAUGGAGGAGGUCCUCCGUGAGCUCGACGCCAAGCCCAAGCGUCCUGUCAUCCAGGGCCUAAUCGAUCACUUCAACGCCUCCCCGGACCGCUCAGGCGACGGCAAGGUCCCCGUCCAGUACAAUCAGGUGAGGAAUUGGUUCCAUAACCGGAGGUCCGCGCAAUCCCAGCGGUCCAGGAAGAUGAUGCUACCCCCUGUUAACGAGGAACACCACCCAGUGACCGGAUCCUACUCAGGGAAUAUUUCUUCGGAUGGUGGUCAUGUCCAGUUUGAAGCAAAGUCGGCUAGAAAUGGAGCAUGGUACGAUGUUGCUGCCUUUCUGUCCCACAGGUUCAUUGACACGAGGGACCCGGAAGUACUAGUUCGAUUUACUUGGCUUGGACCCGAGGAUGAUGAAUGGGUUGAUGUUCAGAAAUGUGUGAGACUGCGUUCUCUUCAAUGUGUUGCAGUGCUGCCUGGGGAUCUCAUUCUUUGUUUUAAGGAAGGCAAAGAGCAGGCCCAAUAUUUUGAUGCGCAUGUUCUUCAAGUUCAAAGGCGCAGGCAUGACGUAAGGGGGUGCCGCUGUAGGUUUCUUGUUUGUUAUGAUCAUGAUCACUCUGAGGAGUUUGUUCCACUGAGCAAGGUAUGCCGUCGACCAGAAACUGAUCACUUUCACCAGAAAGCCCAAAAGCAACCCAAGAUGAUGGUUGUCAACACUGAAAAGGUGACCAGGGGUGGGGCUCCCAUUCCACCAGAUCAAGGAGGGCCAUCUGACAAGCCUGUUUCUCCCUUACUAGACGCACCUACUAGCACCCGCAGCAAAUCAGUGGCACAUGUUGAGAUGGGGGAUGCAGAGGCUGCCCGAAACGACGAAGCUGCAAAUGAAGCACAUGGCGACAAGAUGAAUGUGGGAGUGUCAUUCUUUCGCUCCCCUGUGCAUUUCCUUGUGAACUUUUUAGUUAAAAAAUGUUCGCCUAAAAACUUCCAAUCGAGGAAGGAUGUUUGCUAG